AAACCCUUAAGACAAUCUGCUAAGGAAGAAACACAGCAACGGCUGAGCUAUGAAGCACUUACUACUGUUGUUACUGUUCUCAGUAACAUGCUGCUAUGCUUUCCCUGCAGCAUCUCAAACAGACAGCGCGGAGAAAGAUGCUCAGUUUGCUGAGGAUUAUUUGAAAAAAUUCUACAACCUUGAGACAACCGGUACUCGCCAGGGGAGAAAGAAAAACAGUCCAUAUGUUGAAAAGAUACGCCAAAUGCAAGACUUUUUUGGACUGGAAGUGACCGGAAAGCUGGACGCAGACACCAUGGAAAUGAUGCAGCUUCCAAGAUGUGGCGUUGCUGACAUUGGAGAAUUCAAUACGUUCCCAGGAAAACCUGUGUGGAAGAAGACAGACUUGACAUACAGAAUUGUGAAUUACACACCAGAUAUGGUCAAUAGAGAUGUUGACAUUGCCAUUCAGAGAGCGUUUAAAGUUUGGAGUGAUGUGACACCUUUGACGUUCAGCAGAAUUUAUGAUGCUGUUGCUGAUAUCGAAAUCUCAUUUGCUGCGCAAGUUCAUAACGACUUCUACCCUUUUGAUGGCCAACACGGAACACUAGCACAUGCAUUUGCACCCGGAAAUGGAAUUGGUGGAGACGCACAUUUUGAUGAAGAUGAAAUGUGGACAUCUGGAAGCAAUGGAUACAACUUGUUCCUUGUGGCUGCUCAUGAAUUUGGUCAUACACUUGGACUAUUCCAUUCUAGUGACCCCGGUGCUCUAAUGUACCCAACCUAUCAUUACACCGAUCCCAGUGAGUUCCGACUUCCAGAAGAUGACCUCAGAGGAAUCCAAUACCUCUACGGAGCAAAUGAGAAACCAGUUGAACCUACAGAACCUAGCUUGCCAUCAAGUUGCAAGAAUAUAACUUAUGAUGCAGUGACAACCCUACGCGGAGAGAUGUUAUUCUUCAAAGAACGACACUUUUGGCGUAAAAUUCCGCAGUUUUCUGAACUUGAACAUCAUUUAAUCAAGAACAUCUGGCCCAACAUCCCCAGUGGAAUUCAGGCUGCAUAUGAAUAUGCAAAUAAGGAUCGGGUUUUUCUCUUUAAAGGAACAAAAUAUUGGGUUCUGAAUGGUUUUGAAGUUGAAGACAGCUCUCCUAAGAGUAUCUACGAGUUUGGAUUUUCACGCACAGUAAAAAAGAUUGAUGCUGCAGUCCAUGAUGAAGGAACAAAGAAGACAUAUUUCUUCGUGGGUGAUAAAUUUUGGAGUUAUGAUGAAAAGAAACAAAGUAUGGACAGCGAUUCACCUAAAAAAAUAACCGAAGGUUUCCAUGGUGUUGGAAACAAAGUCCAUGCAGCUUUUCAGACGAAUGGACUGCUGUAUUUGUUUAAUGGACACCGUCAGUAUGAAUACAGCACAUCAAAAAAUAGAGUCACUCAUCUUCUGAAGUACUCCAGCUGGCUGAACUGUUAGACCCAAAGCAGAAAACAGCAACCUAAGUCCAAUAUUUACACAGCAACUGGUUUUAUACAUGUCCUUCGUUUUCUGUUAUUUAUAUUGUGUUCUCUAUUUAAUUAUAUAACAGCUAUUUUGUAUCAUAGAUUUUAAAGA